AUGCUGUUCGGGAAGGCUGCUGCUCUGUUAUCUACUGUCUCCGCUGUCUCCGCCAAGCUCACAUGGGGAAGCACGAAGUUCCUCUUCGCGUUCGGCGAUUCGUACACGACCGACGGCUUCAACAUCUCUGCCGGCGUCGACUCCCUUGUUCCGGACUUUACUUCUUCCAACGGCCCGAAUUGGGUACAGUUCCUCGGCGGAACGUAUAACGUCACCGACACGAAGGUAUUCGAUCUGGCCUCGGGCGGCGCAACUAUCGACGCCGCUCUCGUAGCGCCGUUCCUGCCCACGGUGCUGUCGAUUGUCGACCAGGUUACCCAAUUCCACGACAUCCUCGCCCCGAAACCCGUCGGGGCGCGGUGGGCAAGCUCGAACAGCCUUUUCGCCUUCUGGAUAGGCAUUAAUGAUGUCGGCAACUCUUUCGCCUCGACGAACAUCACGUCGCAGUCGGACUUCCACCGGAUCCUGAUGAACAGGCUCUUCAGUCAAGUCGAGAUCCUGUACAAGGACGGGGCACGCUCCUUCCUGUUCUUGACCGUCCCGCCCACGAACCGCGCGCCGCUCAUCCUCGUGCAGGGCGAGCAGGCCAUUACUAAAAUCACCGCCGCUCUGGCGGACUACAACACCCAGCUCACAGCGCGUGUCCGGGAGUUUCAGGCGACGCACCCCGACCUCGACCAAGUUACCGUGUUCGACACUCGCCCGAUUUUCAACACACUCCUCGACAACGCGCAGACAUUCGGCUUCGUGAACAGCACCGGUUUCUGCGAAGCCUACCAAAACGGCACGCCCUCGCCCACGACACAGGUUCCGGGCUGCGCACCCGUGUCGAGUUACUUCUGGCUCAACUCUCUGCACCCGCUCUUUACGGUGCACAACAUUCUCGCGCACGCCAUCUCGACGACGUUGAGUGCCUAG